GUUAGUAGAAAGCUUCCAUUCACAAACGGUAUAUCUCAUAAAUGUCCAGUAUGUGGAGAUAAUACUUUAUGAGUAGAGUGUAUGCUUGUGACAAUGUGGCUCAUUAAUGCAUUAUGGGGUCUUCACUCUAUUGCAGUCAGUACAUGCUUUGCUUUUGUGCGCAGCAAAAUAUUUACAGUGCUGGUACCAUGCUGUCUCUUCUCUCUCGCUGUGCUUCGUGUGCAUUUGAGGUCUUCAUGGGGUAAAGGGAAGAUACAACAGAAGACUUAGGAUGAAGGUGAUGUCUGUUCUACCACCCCCCCUACAAAGUUGUUGUCAUGCAGUUAGCGGGACGUAUCUUUUCAGUCCCAGUUGGAAGCCUGGUAAUAGAAACAUAUUUCUAUUAGAUUUUAUGACAUUAUUUGCAAAAAACACUGGAAUUCGAAUAACGUUAUUAUGAAAACAUUUAAAGAAUAGGUGCAAAAAAGAAAAAAAACAGAGUUGCUUUUUCCGUUAUUAAAGAAAGUUUGAACAAAGGCUCGGUUAGUAGAGUGGCCGUGUCAGCAACUUGAGGGUUGCAGGUUCGAUCCCCGCUUCCGCCAUCCUAGUCACUGCCGUUGUGUCCUUGGGCAAGACACUUUACCCACCUGCUCCCAGUGCCACCCACACUGCUUUAAAUGUAACUUAGAUAUUGGGUUUCACUAUGUAAAGCGCUUUGAGUCACUAGAGAAAAAGCGCUAUAUAAAUACAAUUCAAUUCACUUCACAAUAUGUUUUUGAGUUAUUUAUUAACUAAGUAAAAUAUUACAAUCCAAUUCAUUAUAACUUUUAAGAGAUGCAAUAGUUCUAAUAGUUUUUUUUCUGAUUUUAACAAAUCGGAACACAAGCUGUCAAUUCAAUUUAGUUGUUUGUAAUUAUUUCCAAACUAAAUAUGACAACCUAUACAUUCUAUAAUUCAAUAAAUACAAUAAUUAUGAUAAUAUUAGGGUAAGUCAAUGCAGUUUUUAAUUACCUGCAGAGGCCAAAGAUAAACAAAAUUAAAUUGAUGUAAUAUGUUUGUUAAUAAAUGCAAUUUGAAAGCAAUUUCCUGUUUGAUUAUUAAAAAUUACCUUAACUUUUUGUUUCAAAACAACACAUUAAACAGGGUGAUACCAUUUAAAAUCAUUGAAUAUAACUGUAGAUUUUAGGUAGGAUUUUUUUAAUAUAAAUUAAUAUUUAAAUCCUUUUUCACAUCACAUAUUUCUGACAUGAAAUGCAAACUAUAGCGUGACAUGCUGUAAGUAAACAGUUGUCCCUCGUUUAUUGAUGUUAAUUGGUUCCGGAAGUACAAUUCAUUAAUUAUAAAUGAAAUAUUUUCAAAGGUAGAGCAUAAAAAACUCUUUUCAUUAUCUUCUGAAUAUAUUUUAAUAUUAUGAAAGCCCUGUAGACACUAAAUUAACCUCUUUAAAGACCUUUACUUCUAAUCCAAUAUAGUAAUGCUGUCUGAGGCUGAGCCAAUCAGUGGCCACAAUGCCAAAUAGCGUGCUCUGAUUGGUUUGGUCUCUCCUUACCAAUAAUACUGGGGGUAUUUUUGUUUAUUUAUCCAUUUUUAUUCUUGAAAAUGCUUAAUUUAGGACCAGAAAAAAAGUCAAUACAAAUAUGGUUAAACAGCCAUCCUCAAAAUAAUCCACAGUUUGAAGCGGGGUGUAUAUGUCCAGAUACAUACCUUGGCUAUUCUCCAACCUGAACCCCUGCACAGUUAUCUUUACUUUCCGAGGCAAUUGCUAAAUAUUCCGCAUUCCUGGAAGGGAGAAAACAAAUAAAAUACCAUUAAUAGACCACCAAAGGAAGUAAUAUUUGCAUCACAUGUUAGUUUAGAAGGAAAACUAUUCUCCCAAUAAAAUCCCCAAAUAAUUGUGGUGCAGAUCUGGAUAAAGGUUUGAUCUAGGAAUGUUCCGAUCAGACUUUUAUGUUGCCUGUUCUGAUACUCAUUGACUGAUCACAUGUACAUUUUUCAAUAUAUUUACGCCGAGUGCUUGUGGCGAUUUACAAUAUCAACACAAUAUUUAAACUACUUACUCGUUCUUUUAUUACAUACAAUUGUGGGGGAAAAAUAAAAGUCAAUAGUGCACAAUACCUGAACAAAAACGACUUAUCUACUACUCAUUUAAAUCCUUUGGUUUUUGCCCUCAAAGUCCUCCUGUGUCCAAGGAAAUGUUCGCAGAGUUUCUACACAUACAAACCCCGUUUCCAUAUGAGUUGGGGAAAUUGUGUUAGAUGUAAAUAUAAACAGAAUACAAUGAUUUGCAAAUCCUUUUCAAGCCAUAUUCAGUUGAAUAUGCUACAAAGACAACAUAUUUGAUGUUCAAACUCAAACAUUUUGUUUUUGCAAACAAUCAUUAACUUUAGAAUUUGAUGCCAGCAACACGUGACAAAGAAGUUGGGAAAGGUGGCAAUAAAUACUGAUAAAGUUGAGGAAGGCUCAUCAAACACUUAUUUGGAACAUCCCACAGGUGUGCAGGCUAAUUGGGAACAGGUGGGUGCCAUGAUUGGGUAUAAAAACAGCUUCCCAAAAAAUGCUCAGUCUUUCACAAGAAAGGAUGGGGCGAGGUACACCCCUUUGUCCACAACUGUGUGAGCAAAUAGUCAAACAGUUUAAGAACAACCUUUCUCAAAGUGACAUUGCAAGAAAUGGAGGGAUUUCAACAUCUACGCUCCAUAAUAUCAUCAAAAGGUUCAGAGAAUCUGGAGAAAUCACUCCACGUAAGCGGCAUGGCCGGAAACCAACAUUGAAUGACCGUGACCUUCCAUCCCUCAGACGGCACUGUAUGAAAAACCGACAUCAAUCUCUAAAGGAUAUCACCACGUGGGCUCAGCAACACUUCAGAAAACCACUGUCACUAAAUACAGUUUGUUGCUACAUCUGUAAGCUUUACUAUGCAAAGCGAAAGGCAUUUAUCAACAACAUCCAGAAACGCCACUGGCUUCCCUGGGCCCGAGAUCAUCUAAGAUGGACUGAUGCAAAGUGGAAAAGUGUUCUGUGGUCUGACGAGUCCACAUUUCAAAUUAUUUUUGGAAAUAUUCGACAUCGUGUCAUCCGGACCAAAGGGGAAGUGAACCAUCCAGACUGUUAUCGACGCAAAGUGUAAAAGCCAGCAUGUGUGAUGGUAUGGGGGUGCAUUAGUGGCCAAGGCAUGGGUAACUUACACAUCUGUGAAGGCACCAUUAAUGCUGAAAGGUACAUACAGGUUUUGGGACAACAUAUGCUGCCAUCUAAGCGCCGUCUUUUUCAUGGACGCCCCUGUUUAUUUCAGCAAGACAAUGCCAAGCCACAUUCAGCACGUGUUACAACAGCGUGGCUUCGUAAAAAUAGAGUGCGGGUACUUUGCAGUCCAGACCUGUCUCCCAUGGAAAAUGUGUGCUGCAUUAUGAAGCGUAAACUACGACAGCGGAGACCCCGGACUGUUGAAGGACUGAAGCUCUACAUAAAACAAGAAUGGGAAAGAAUUCCACUUUCAAAGCUUCAACAAUUAGUUUCCUCAGUUCCCAAACGUUUAUUGAGUGUUGUUAAAAGAAAAGGUGAUGUAACACAGUGGUGAACAUGCCCUUUCCCAACUACUUUGGCACGUGUGGCAGCCAUGAAAUUCUAAGUUAAUUAUUAUUAGCAAAAAAAAAUAAAGUUUAUGAGUUUGAACAUCAAAUAUGUUGUCUUUGUAGUGCAUUUAAUUGAAUAUGGGUUGAGAAUUUUUUGCUAAUCAUUGCAUUCCGUUUAUAUUUACAUCUAACACAAUUCCCCACUUAUAUCAAAGAAUAUUUUUCAACAUAUUGAGCAAAAAGAUCUAUUUUUCUGCAACCAAGAAAAGUGCACUUGUUAUUAGUGAGAAUAUACUUAUUUUAAGGUAUUUUGGGUUUCAUUGAGGUUAGCUAAUUUUCUUGUUCUAUUGGCAGAUCAUUUUGCUUAGUUCAAAUAAAAUGCCCCUAAUUUUUUUUCUUGUUUUUGAACACUGACUUUUUGUGGUGUACUUAAAAAAAAAAAAAAGGCAGUUUAUUCGUCAUACUGGAGGUGCUUAUUAUUUGUGAGGUGGAGUGGCUCCACACUUAAAUAUCGGGGGGGACAAAAAAAUAACAAGUGUUAGCCCGAGGGGGCGGCGUUUAAGAAAAUUGUCCGAUACUGAUAAGGGGCAGAUCAAUCGGCACAUCCUGACUUUGAUCAAGUACAUUUUCCCACACAAUAAUUUUCUGGCGUAUUCUUCAAAUCCAAAUAUAUUUGUUUUGUCCUUUUGCCAGGAUAUACUUAUUUUUACGCUUGUAUUUACAGAUUUUGUAGCCGUGCAACAACAGAUGUGACAAUUUGUGCUGCAAUGUGCUGUACGUACGCGGCUUCUCUUAACGCUUCUUCCCCGGCCGCUGAUAUUUUUCUGUAGCAGUAUAUCAUCUCGAUGAGGAGCCACACCUGCAGGCCGAUGAUGGACACGUACAUCAUGACUUCGGACGCAAUGGACGCCGUGCCCCUGGUGGCUGUGGGCCGGGAGACACAAACAGCGACGUUGCUGCGCCACAGUGGAGAUGAGGAUGCUGCGGAUGCACUGCGGUAAAAGAAACUGGCCCGGUGUGCUCGGCGGGCACUUCCGGCGUUUUCACGCCGCCACUCGUCGUCUUGUUCGCCCGGCUGUAUUCCGAACGCCUGAUGCAUCAACGUGUAUUCUAUGACUAUGGAUCCGAGCUCCGGUGCUUUGACCGCCCAGGUGUGUUUCCCGGCUGCCCGUGCUGCCGUUUUGGACAACCUGAAUCGCCAGCGAGAGGAAGGCAGACUGUGUGACCUCUCCAUCCAUGUUCAAGGAAAAGUGUACAGGGCCCACCGCUGUGUGCUCGCCGCAUCUUCGCCCUACUUCCAUGACCAGGUGUUACUGAAGAAUGUGACGUCAGUUUCCCUCCCGUCAGUCAUGGACCCAGUGGCCUUUGAGAGCGUGCUCAGCUCGGCUUACACCGGCCAGCUGAGCAUUGUCCACGAUGACAUCGUCAACUACGUCACCGUGGCCAGUUUCCUCCAGAUGUGGCACAUUGUCGACAAGUGCACGGAGAUCCUAAAGAGGCAGCGGCCCUCGGCAGACGUAAACCAGCCAGAGGCCUCCGCAGCUCACCCUGGUAGUGCGUCCAGGCAGCAGUCCCCCAGCAGCACUGACUGCUUGUAUGGCGAGAGAGAGGGCAGAAGGAAGGUGGCUAAACCGGACACCCUACCUCCUUUAGCGACAUGGAGGCGACCGCAGCAGUUUUCAAGAUGGGGCGUCUCGCGGCCCUCGUCCGCCCAGCCUGUGGCCGACUCCCAACUCGAUACCCUGCCCAGCUUCGCCGAAAGCAAUUACGAAGAGACAUGGACGUUAAAUCACAAUAAAAGCGGACACUUUGGCCACAGUAGCUCCGGUGCCGAGGGACUCAAGCAGAAACCCCGAUGUCCGCCUCGAGGAGCCCUGCAGAGCGCCGACAGACCGCUGGAUAAGAACAUGGAUGGUGGCGGCGCUGGGGAUGAAAUAACACAGAAGAAGAAGAAGAGCGAGAAAAGAGCAAUCGAGGCUGAUGAGGGAGUUGGAGAUGCGGCGGUGGAGAAAAGGGAAGGCCUUGCACAAAUGAGUCACAUGGCAGACUUGCAGCCAAUGCUAAUGGAGAACGAGGACCUCAGGAGAGCGCCUGUGAAGGUGAGUGCGGAGGAUGUAAGAGAUCGAGCGCCAAGGAGCACAGACUUGUCCGGUGUUCAUGCUUGCCAAAAAGCUGAGAGCACUUUGGUUGCCUCCUGCGUGGUUCCCAGUCGGGUGCCGUGGCAGGCGGGUCCCUGGUCUCAGCAGGAGUCCAGGCCGCAAGAGAGAGAGGAGGGCGGUAAAUCUGAGGACGACUUUAAAUGCCUCACAGAAGGGAAUUUCAGCAGGGACACCUAUGAUGAGAUUGAAGAUGGGACGGGUCAGGUUUCCCAGAGGCCUCUAGUGCCUGCGUCUGCCGAUUUCAGCAGCUCUGGCAUGCUCAUGGCAGCCAGCGGUUCACCGUUAACCUCCGCCUCCGGUCGCCACGUGUCCCCUUCCUCCGCCUCUCUCCCGCCACCGUCUUCACCCCCGACCCCGUCCUCCUCGUCCUCCGUCACCAUGGCCGGCGCCCCGUAUUCGGGCAAGGUCCAUUUCUGUCACUGCGGCAAAGCCUUCACCCUGAAGAGCAUGCGCGACCGCCACGUGAAGAUGCAGCACCUCAACCUGCGGCCUUUCAGCUGCCCCGUUUGCACCAAGUCUUUCAAGAUGAAGCAUCACCUCACCAAGCACCUGAAGACCCACGGAGGGCUGCGGCCGUACGAGUGUGGAGCGUGCGGGAAGAAAGUCAUCUGGAGGGACAGCUUCCUGAGGCACCAAGCCAGGUGCGAGAGGGCGGCGUCCUCCGAGGACAACAACGCCAGCUCGGCUCAGGCCGACUUGGCCAACAGCUACGGUUACGCCUUCCACGCCGGGGACGCCUUUCUCGCCAUGGGAGGCCAAGUGAAAGUGGAGGAGGUGGAUUUCCACGGGGAAAUGGAGGAUGGGAUGAGUGGGUUGUUGGGAAGCGUGUCCAGGAUUGUGGAUGAACUAAGAACUGAAAACUUGGACACCGGUGGCCAUGUUUACAAAGAGGAGGCGAGUGAAGGAUUUAGUGAGUCAAAAUAAGAUUUAUAGUCGUGUAAAUGGUAAAUGGGUUAUACUUGUAUGGCGCUUUUCUACCUUCAAGUUACUCAAAGCGCUUUGACACUAUUUCCACAUUCACACACACACUGAUGGCGGGAGCUGCCAUGCAAGGCUCCAACCACGACCCAUCAGGAGCAAGGGUGAAGUGUCUUGCUCAAGGCCACAACAGACGUGACUAGGUUGGUAGAAGGUGGGGAUCGAACCAGGAACCCUCAGGUUGCUAGCACGGCCACUCUACUAACCCGGCCACGUCGUGUAUGACUUAUUAAACUAAUGCUGCACGAAAUAAAUAUACUAUUCAUUUCAAAAUGGGCGUGCAAGAGCACACACGCAGGGUUUCCCCUUAAGGUAAUUGAUCGUUGCGGCCCGCCACAGCACGAUAAAAGCUUGCUCUAGCAAAUUUUUUUUUUUUUUACGUGAAAACUAAUUGUGUGAAUGCUCCAAAGCAUUCACACAAUUAGUUUAGUUUUCUACACCAAAAUUCAUCUAUUUAUUCAACUUUUUCUUCUCCAGAUUUUGGUGGGCUCUACCUUCCACAUUUUUCACCCAAUUCAAACGGUUCCAAUUUCAAACUGUUCAACCUAUUUGACAAAUUCCAAAAAUUCCCAGAUUUCCCAGAAUUCCAGUUUUCCCGCAACAUUUUUCCCAAAUUAAAUGGCCAUUUUUUCAAACUUAAUUUCCACAUUUUUCAACCGAUUAAACCAUUCCACCUUCAACAUAUCCCAUUCAUCCUGGACAUUCUAACCAGUAUUUUUCCAAUUAAAAAAAAAAAUUAGGAAUUCCCGUUUUUUCAAACCUUUUUUUGACCCUUUUUUCAGGCAACCUUCCACAUUUUUCAACCCACUUCAACCGUUCUCCCGUCCAAACAUUCCUCUUAAUUUCAGGACAAAAAACUAAGUUUGUUUUUUAAACUGGAAAAAUUUCCACUUUUCCAGAAAUUCCAGGAAUUCCUUAAUACCAUUUUUCCAUUAAAAAUGUUACUACUUCAACAUUUCUCGACCGAUUUGAAAAAUUCCAACACCAACCAUUUCAGCUCAUUAAGACCAUUCAAGUUUUGUUUUACCGUUUUCAAAAGUAAUCCCGCUUUCCCAAAAUCCCCAAAUUUUGGGUAAAUUCCCAUUGAAAUCAAUGGGAAAUUCUACAAAGUUCCACAACUCCCACACACAAAAGGUUCCAACUUCAAAAUAUUAUGCCUGUUUGGAAAUAGUGUCCUGUACUUUAACAAUUCUCAAAAAGAAAUCCAGGAUUUCAGUUCCACGUCAGCAUUGGAGCAUUCACACACAAUUCCUUAAGGAAUUGCCUCAUCUAGUUAUGAGGUGCUAUAAUGAAUUGUAGCCUCCAGAAGAAUAUCUGCAAAUAUCUAAAAAAUGUGCAAAUAUUAAGAGGACAGUGGCGGCUUUUAAGGAGAGAAAGGCUCGCAAGUGUGACGUCAGACUCUCGCUGUUUUGGAGCGACAGAAGUAGAGUCUCUAAAAGUGAGUACAGUCUCCAAUAACACCAGAGAAAAAUGCUAAAUAUGUUGCCAUUCGUUUUUAACAAAGAAAAAGUCACUGAAAGGAUUGAAGAUGUUUCUCAAAACUUGCAAAAUUCUCAAAGUAGAAUAAGCAGUAACAAUUAAAAAAUAGAGUAAGACGACAUAUUGGUAAGUAAAAAAAUACAGUACAGGCCAAAAAUUUGGACACACCUCAUUUCAAUGCGUUUUCUUUAUUUUCAUUGUAGAUUGUGUAAAAUGUGCAAAUCAGUAAUCAGAGCAAAGGGUGGCUAUUUUGAAAAAAAUAGAAUAUAAAAAUGUUUUCAGUUAUUUCACCUUUUUUUUGUUAAGUACAUAACUCCAAAUGUUUUCAUUCAUAGUUUUGAUGUGACAAUCAACAAUGUAAAAGUCAUGAAAUUAAAAAAACACAUUGAAUGAGAAGGUGUGUCCAAACUUUCAGCCUGUAUUCUUUAUGUUAACACCAAAUAAUAAUAAUAACAGAUUGUUUUUUUAAAUGUAUGUAUACAAUUUUAGCCUUUUUAAAGAAAAUAUAUCUAUCACAGCAGAUUGUGCAAAUGAUAUGAUGACGUCAUGUUGAACACGCCCCCCACCACCGCAGGUAUAUUUGUAAUCCGGGGGAAACCCUGACAUGUGUGAAUUCCAAGCAAAAAUAAUCAAGAUUGACAUUUUUUCUGAAUAUUUUGCAGCUUUACUUUACACACAAGUGUUUUGGAGCACCUGCACUUGCUUUCAUCCCUCCUAUGAUCUUUUUAGUGUCUUAUAUGUUGAGUGGGACUUUUAGUGUCAUGUCACGACUCGUGCUGUACAUUCAUUGAUGCUAAUAUUUGUCAUUCUUUCAAAAACAACUUUGCACAUGUUUUAGAAAAAAAGAAGAAGUCUAAAAUACGUUUUUGCACUAAAGGGUAAUUGAUGUACAGUCGGCUUAUUGUAAUUAAAUUAAAUUAAGUGUCUCUCAAAGGCAAUGAGGGGGUCAUAAUUCUGACCUGACAAUGAAGAUAUUUAGACAAAUACUGGACCAUUUAUCCUGCAACACAUAGAAUUUGUGGGUAAUGUCACAUGGCUUAUGCAUAUGAAAUGUUACCGCACAUCCCACUCGGAAUAGCGGAGUGAAAAGAGACGUACACACACUGGACAUUUUAUCAGGUACACUUGUGCAAGGCAGCUGGUGGAAAAAAAACAAGGCAACAAACAAUAUUGACCUAAAUAUUAGAGAGGACGAGCUUUGUUUGCGUGGGCUGUCGUUAGAUUGUGCAACUGUAUCUAAUGUAGAAUGUUUAUUCUAAAGAAUUAUCUUUACUGUCCUUUUCUUUGCUCAUCUUUUCCUGUGCCUUUGUAUUGGAACGUGUCAGUGUCGUGUACGCUCACAUAUCUGCUGUGGAAAUGAUGGCACGUGCAAUUGUGUGUUAUCCAAAACGUGGUUGAAUAAACUAAACCUGAAACAGGA